AUGAUUGAGUGUGGCGUCCCACUCUACUUUGAGGGCCUUCUCAGCUGCUAUGGACAGGAGGCGGAAAUGCUGGAGAAUUGGGCCUGGGCCAUUCAAUUCCUCGUCUACUGGAGCGUUAUUGUGCGACCGGAUGGACGAGUUGCCGACAGCUCUGCCGACAAAGAGAAGGCUGCUGUGGAACCGGAGACCACAGCCGCGAUGGCCAUUAGUUCGUCGCGCCUCGUUCGGAUUACCGGCUACAAACAGUGCGUGCUGACAAUUCCACAAUCGGCCUGGAAAAAUGUGCCCUCAGAGUACCAGACACGUGGUUCUGUCGUACUCUCUCUCCACCCCUACGCUUUCAACGUGGGCAUUAACGAACAGCAAACGAUUGCCGAAAAGUUUGAGAAAACCGCCUUGCAGACAGCUAUCAACGCCCAGGGUCUCAAUAGUCUACAAAGCUACUUUGAAAAAUACACCAAGAGGUUUGGGGCUCCGGGAUUCGUAAUUCCGUCUCUGGAAACCCUUGCCGCUUUUGACUUCUUUUUACUAACAACUGCAUCUGGCCAUUAA